AUGGAACGUCAUCCACUGGAAGACGAGAGUUUGGCAAGUUUGAAAAUCACAAUCUGUGGUACCUGUGGACGCCGUGACACUCACAGUGGACACCCGCCAUUGGGCAAUCGGUUUGUGAGCUGUGAAUAUCCGUACGGUUAUCAUAAUCCUAAAAAUGCUCCACUGUGGCUCACUCGAACCAGUCUACAACAAAUGAUCAAUCAUUAUGCAAUCGGGCAGAUUUUGGCCGAAGAACGAUGUAAAUUACAGGAGAAUACACCCGAAAAUAUUUUUACUGAAUAG